CGCUAUAAAACGGACCCCUUCUACCUACAUUUCCUCAUCAAACACGCAAACAAAAUCUCCAUCUCACACUUCAACAAAACCCAAAGAAAAAAAAAACUCAACAAACAUGUCCACCUCAAGAAUCGCCAACUCUGUCAAGUCCGCCCUCGGUGGCGCCAAGAAGACCGUCGGCUCUGCUCUCGGUAACGAGUCCAUGCAGGCCUCCGGCAAGAUCCAGCAGGCCGAGGCCCAAGGUGCCAAUCUCGCCGCGCGCGCAGAACAGCAGGCCAAAGGUGUCGCCCACAACGUUAAGGGUGCAGCCCAACGCACCGUUGGUGCCGCUACAGGAAACAAAUCCAUGGAAGCAGAGGGACACGUUAAUUCCGCACGGGGGGAUGCUGAGCGCAAGAUCUAAACACAAAAUCACGACACACUCAACUUGUUACCCUUGCCCACCACUUUGUACAUAUAUUCUGCACAUACGCAGUGAAAUAAAACUGUGAACAAUAUAGAAACG